AAACGAGGACCGUGCCUUCAAAACACGGGCUAGGGCAUUGCUAUCCGAUACAGAUAUCGGAUGUGCGGUCGAUGAAGAUUUCGAGGUUAUGCUCGCCGAGGAAGACGUGUACUCUGGGAGGGGUAGCGGCUUUACUUUAUCGCAUAUCGACGGUCUUAUGCUCAGCGUAUACAAGUAUACGCCCCUCGCCGGCUCAUCAUAUAUUCCGAUUCCGCCCGAAAUUAAUAAUAGAAAAGCAAUCAUCAACCCACAGAAUAUCGAUCAGUCUUGUUUCAAGUGGUCUAUUUUGGCGAGGCACGUUGGGGUUAAUAAUAAUACACGCGUUAAUCAAAAAUAUUUUAAUGAGGAACACAGGUAUGAUUUCACGGGGUUGACGUUCCCCACACCUGUGUCCCAAAUUAAAAUAUUCGAGCGACGAAACCCUAACGUGUCUGUCAACGUGUACGGCUUGGAACGAGACGACGUAAAGAUGAAGUGGUUGGUGUAUCCAUUAAGAGUUGCCGACCAAGAACAACAGAAUCAUUUUGACCUGUUGUAUAUUGGCGACUCUGAAAAAUCACAUUACGCGUACAUUUCAGAUUUUUCUAAGCUUGUUCGUAAACAAAAAACCAGACACCAAGGUCGCAUAUACACUUGCAAACGUUGCUUCACCUGCUUUGAUGAUCAGCCUAAAAAGCAUAUUCUUCGGGGUCAACAAGCGUUGGAGCAACACAAGUUGAUAUGCGGCAAAAAUAAACCAAUUUUACCUGUUAUGCCGGCAGAGGGCAGUAAGGUCGAAUUUGAAGCGUGGGUAAAGACGCAACGGUUACCGUUCGUCAUCUACGCCGAUUUUGAGGCCUUACUGGAGAAAACAGACGAUCGUACGGGAGCAUACACCAGGACUGUGCACACCCACCAUCCCAUGAGCUAUGGGUUCAUGGUGAAAACAUCGGACAAUGUACCCUCCGAGCUCCUCGAACGCUACAGUAUACCACAAUCACCGGUGAUAUACCGUGGCUCCGAGGAUCUUAUAUGGAAAGUUCCGCAUGUAAGUGUGUUGGAUGACAUGCGGUUAGACAUGCUCAAAAUCCUGAAAACCUCAACACCGCUUCAAAUAGCAUUUCGAAGUUGGGAUCUAUAUGAAAAUCCUGGCCUACCAAAUAGUAAAAGACAAGCCUGGACUGUGAAAACUUCAUCGCAGACUGAGAGCCCGAGAUUUGUUAUUGUAGCUUUUCAAGUGGAUAGAAAAAACAAAAUAAACAAAGAUAGUAGUAGAUUUGACCAUUGUUCGUUAUCAUCUCUAAAAGUAUACUUGAAUUCGGAAUCGUACCCCUAUGAUAACUUGCGAAUGGACUUUUCAAAUGAUAAGUAUGCUGUACCAUAUCACAUGUACACUCAAUUCCAAGAGGCGUUCUAUGAAAAGGAGAUGGCGUGUCCUAUGCUGACAAAAACAGAAUUCAAGACAACUGCACCACUCAUUGUCAUUGACUGUUCGAGGCAAAACGAAAAAUUAAAAAAUGCGCCAGUAGNAUGA